AAGGAUUGGCACCCAAUUAGCAUGCCAAUCCGAUCGGUGGCUCAAGCUAGCAUACUGAUCUCCGGUCUUGCGAUGUGGAUGCCGGGUAGCUUUGCAAGCACCUGCAAUGGUCAUUUCAAAGACAACUGCAAAGCAGGAUGCCAAGGGCAAAGCGAAGGCCAAAGUUGCUGCCAAGGUAAAAUCUCGCAAAUCAGGAGAUGCGCCAGGGGGAGGGACCGUCAUGAAGAAACCCGCCUUGCAAGCGCCGCGGAUGCGCCAUCGCCGAAAAGAACCUGAUCCUGCCUUCGAUGCUCCAGAAAGCAGUCCGAAAGAAGGGGACAGGCCCUCAGAGAAACGUGGCAGAGGUGCCCCAGGCACCGCAGCAAGAAAAGCCAGGCGCAAGAAAGAUUCGCCUGAAAAGCCGGAUGCGCCUGAGGAAGCGCCUGGAAGUGGUGGCGAGAAAGAACAAGACGACUCUGACUUUAACUCCUCUGACCUGGAUCCCGUGCUGUGGGCGGUGGGUGGUCAAGAGUUGGAGGAAUCAGGCAAGAUGGCUGAGCGCAUGAACCUGCGUCGGGAGAACAAAAAAAAGAGGCUGAGGAAACAACAAGGUCCAAAGAACGCUGUGCAAAGAGCACGGGAGAAUUGCCAGGCCACUCCCGAAGCACGUGCUUUGCUUGCUCGGGGUCAAGCCCAAUACGCCGCUGGCGAGUUUGCUGAUGCGAUUGAAACAAUGAAGGCUGCAGUCAGAGAGCAGCCUGGACUUGCAGACCCCUACCAUGUUCUCCACUUGAUAUACAACGAGCUUGGUGACGGCAAGAAGGCCCUCGAUGCUCUUCUUUUAUCUGCAUACUUUACUUCUCCACCCUCGGAGGCUCACCACGUGUGGCGAAAGGUGGCGGACUUGUCCCUGCGUGUUGGACAAACAGAUCAGGCAUGCUACGCCUUCAAACGUUGCAUUGCACCCCAAGGCUCUCGCACAGAGGAUGACUGGAAGUCGCUGUGGCAGCUGUCCCAACUUCUUUUCAAAAAGGAGCGGACGGACCGGGGCAUCCAAGUCUUGUUCGAGCUCUAUGAGGAAACACAAGAGCCAAAGCUGGCCUGCGAAGUGGCCAAAAAGCUCGUUCAAAGGCAUCGGUGGAAGGAAUGCUUAGCUUUGCUGGAGGCCUGCGUGGCCAGAGGUCGUCAGGUCUCCUUCACUCGCCCCGUUUUACAUCACUGGCUGGUUGCCAUGGAAGCUCCAACUCAGCGGAUUGAGGAGAUUCUCCACUGGAAGCCCAUCCAAGGGAUCUAUUAUCCUCGCUUCUUCAAGGAAUCAGCAAUCCGGCGCCUGCAAAACUCAUGGGAAUGUAGAGAAGGCGAUGUUUUCCUCGUCUCCAACUUCCCUGUUCGAGGCUUGCAGCGCGUUUUGACCUGCAUGGUUGAAGGUCGCAACAAUCCAUGGGAGGAUGGGCUGCUGGACAAGCCCUACUACUGCGAUGCAGCGGCCUCGAGACGUGGAGUGGACGCGUAUUUGUCGGAAGCUGAAAGCUGGAAAGGCCGGCGCUGCUUCAAGACACAUGCACCUCCGCACCUGUUUCCAUGUCGCUAUCCUUUUCCGGAAACCAGUGGGGAUGGCAUCCCACCCAAAAUCUUGGUCUUGGUUGCUGAUCCGCGCUUAGUGUUUACCGUUUGGUGGCAAACACUUGGACAGAUAGAACCGGAGGUUUCCCUUGAUUUUGAUCUUGGUGGGUUUCUCAGCCUAGUCGCAGAUCAGGGCUGGAAGCUCUUCGGCAGCUACUUUGAUCAUGCAGUUGCGUGGGCGAAGGAGGCUGAGGAGCACCCAGAAUCGGUCCGCUUGUGUGUGGUGGACAAUCUAGGCUCCCUCCUUCCAAAGGACGUGCAACAUGAACUGUCCGAGAUCGCAGAGUUCCUUUGCAUCUCACAAGACGCUGUGGACCAUUUGGUGGAGGCGAUCUUCCACAGACCUCCAGAUGCUUGCAAGUCCUUGUCGAAGGACCAAUUGGUGGACAAUGCAGCACUGCAGGGUGGUCACAUCGUUGAGAACACAGGCCAAAACCUUUACUCGUUUCAGUCAGCGCUCGACUCCACAAAUGGCCUCAUACAAGAGAUUUGGCGUGGGAUGUUCAAGCUCCUUCUCACGACCGAGAAUUCCUGCCUGAUAGAGAUAGCUCAUAAGGCGCUGGGCGGCACAGCAUCCUUGCCCCCCUUAGUCAAAACUGGUGCAUUUCGUGGCGCAGCUGCGCAUGAUGCCGGCCUUUGCCGGCCUUGUGUUUUUAAUCUUCGUGGGAUUUGCCGGGACUCCGCAGAAACCUGCCUCUAUUGCCAUGCCGACGGACACGAAAGGACAAAGCGCGCCAGCCACAAGGUUCGGAAACAACGGCAACUCCAACGCCGAGCCUUGGGUCCAAUGAUCACUAGCCUUGGUCCGAUUCGUCGGUUUCGGUCACGGUUUCCUGAAGAAAUGGCAUUGUCGAUGGCAUGAAAUGAAAGCUACUAGGAGCAAGGGCAUCGCUACUAGGAGCAAGGACGCUACUACGUAGGGGCUUGUGGCCCUACUACCAGUAGCAAGAAGCUACUAGGAGCAAGGGCGACAUUGUCAAGGACGACUUCUCCAGUGUUUCAAGAUGGUUUAUUUGACAAUCAGGACGCGUGGUUUGGCAAAGGGGACGUUUCCAACGCAGCGGGAUUUCGAGGUAUGCGAACUCCAUCGCCUGACCGGUUCUGACUGAGCGCUGAGGGCCUUGGUCGUUUUCUCCGCCAAGCGGAGCGUCCAACGGUUGGUUUCGAUCGAGUUGCGGCGAUCCUUGAAUGGAUGAGGCUUGCGGUUUACUGAUGUUUUGUCCGCGAC